UAUCGUUCCCGGGUUGCUAAAGAGAAAGCUCGCGCGGUGGGCCUUUCGGCUCAUGAGCGGGCAUUCUGCAUAUUCCCCUCUUCCUCAAGUGCUUAUAAAAUGGAAGUAUCUCAACUUCGUGCCCUUCGUUGAGCCUUCUCUGCUUCUAGAUACCCCAACUCUCGUCAUCGUCGCUAACGCUCCGGCUCGCCAUGAGGGCUUCAAUUGUCUCGGCUAUCGCCCUUGUGCCUUUGGCGCUCGGUGCGACUGUUCCUAGGUCGACCAAGGUUGACUACAAUGGCUUCAAAGGUCUUCGCAUCACUCUCCCCGAGAGCGCUGCAGAUGUUGUGGAGCAGAUCAACGAGCUGGCUGCAACCGUUUUGAAUCCCGGAUCCAAGGACAAGCUCGACGUUGUCGUCUCGCCCGAGAACCUCGAUGCCAUCAGUCAACUUGCCAACACCGCGAUUCUCGUUGAGGACAUCGGUGCUGCCUUCGCUGAGGAAGACGUGUCGACCGUCUAUGCUGUGCCAAGCGAAUCAUGGUUCACGGCCUACCACAGCUACGCCGACCACCUGACCUUCCUCAAAGACCUUCAGAGCAGCUUUGCUGGCCAAUCUGAAAUCUUCACCGCUGGAUCUUCUUUCCAGGGACGUGCAUUGACCGGUAUUCACAUCUGGGGUAGCGGAGGCAAGGGUUCCAAGCCAGCCGUUGUUAUUCAUGGUACUAUUCACGCUCGCGAGUGGAUCAGCACGAUGACAACCGAGUACUUGGCCUACCAGCUCUUGACAAAGUCUGCGUCCGAUUCUGCCAUCAAGUCUGUUGUAGACAAGUUCGACUUCUACAUCACUCCGGUUGCCAACCCUGACGGUUUUGUCUACACCCAGACCACCGAUCGUCUGUGGCGGAAGAACCGUCAGACCAACACUGGCAGCUCUUGCAUUGGCCGUGAUCCCAACCGCAACUGGCCGUACAAGUGGGAGCUUACAGGAGGUGCUUCAACCAGCCCUUGCUCUGAGACCUACAAGGGUGCCUCCGCGGGUGACGCGCCCGAGAUUAAGGGUCUGAAGGCCCAGAUUGACUCGCUCUCCUCCAUUACGAUGUUUUUAGAUAUACACUCAUACGGCCAGUACAUCCUAUGGCCAUUCGGGUACGACUGCAACUAUGUCGCUCCUGAUGAUGCUGCUCUAAGGGCCCUGGCUCAACGCGGUGCCACCGGCAUCCGCGGCGUUUCUGGAACCAGCUACACGAUUGGAAAUGCCUGCCGUGCCUUAUAUGCCACGACUGGCGAUAGCACCGACUACGUCCACGGCGUUGCUAAGUCCAAGUACACCUACACCAUUGAACUGAGAGACAGGGGUACCUAUGGCUUUUCUCUACCUGCCAGUCAGAUCCAGCCCACUGUUCGUGAGACUUGGGCAGGUGUCCUUGCCAUGCUUCAAGCUGCGUAAGCUUGCGAAUACUCAUAGGCUGUACAGUACUCGUAAUUGUAUGUGUUGAGGUAUUGUUUCUUUUGAGCAUGCCUAAAAACCAACUUCCAACGAUCCGUGACGUCUAGAAGAAGUUUACAGUAUUUAUCCAUACCGUUGUAGCAGGGGCCCGUCGUG